CCCAGCCCGCUGCAGAGGCCGCGCUGACUCACAGUGUAACUCUAUACCCGGUUCAACUCGGCUCAGCGCAGGGAAACAGACUGGUGGCCACAAAUCCUCGGAGCUCACGAGUACUGGAUCAAAACCAAUAAAAACUUCAGGAGUAUCUCCACCCGGCCUCAGGAUGAAUUUUUGUCUACGGAUACUUUUCCUUCUUUUGCUCAUCACUGCAACAUUAACGCAGGAUGGAUUUGAUCUCUCAGACGCUCUCGGACCAGACCCAACACCAGAAAAGCCCAAACAGCAGCCAGAGUCUCCGAAGCAAUCUGGAAAUGAUGGUGGGCUGGACCUCUCCGAUGCUUUUGGACCAGAUCCAACACCUGCUCCCAAAAAGCCAAGUUCUGGAGAUUCUGGUGGCUUUGGGUUUGACCUGGAGGACGCUCUCAAACCAGGCCCCACCGAGAAACCAAAGAACCCUGGGUACAAUCCAAACGGUGGAGGAGGAGGAAGUUUUGAUGAUUCUGACCUGAUGGAUGUUAGCAAAGAUGGUUACAAGCCUGAUGAUGGAGGACGCUCUGGAGGCCGUGCAAUGGACCCUGGCUAUGAUGACCAAGAUGGAGCUGGUAAAUCUCAAGAUCCAGAUCUUCUGUGGGGCCAAAUCCUGAAGAUGCUAAAUGCUAACAUGCCAGAGGAAUUCUUUAUGUGGAUGUCCAACUUAAAGAAAGUUUUAAACCCCCUGUUAGAGAGGGCGAUGGAGCUCCUGCAGAAUCUGCCAUGAGCAUUAGUUAGACCCACGCUGUUGGUUACAGAACCAUCCCUGCUUAGUAUUUGUAGUUGAAACCAGACGUUCACAUACAGUCAACAACAAAAGACAAAUUUAUUUUUCAGUUUGAAAUUAAAACUGACCAAACUUCUCUUGCUGUAGCUUAGUUAGAAUUAGAAAUAAUUAGCAAAUAAUUCUGCUAUUUGCUAAGUACCAGAAAACUUGGUGAGAACAUUUUUUAGAGAUUUUUUUUCAAACUCAAAAGUUUACAUACAUUUUUAUGGUCAGCAUCGGGGUCUUUUAAACUCCAGCAAAAUGUUGUGAGUUUGUGGGAGGAUACGGAAAUGUUUGACUCAAAUUAUACAUUUUAAAAGAACUGAUACUAAACAAAUGUAUGUAAACUUUUUAAUUUGAGAAGAGUUAAAAAUUCUCUAAAAUUCAUUCAUUAAAUUCAUUAAGUUUUCUGGCAGUUAGCAAAUGGAAAUAAUUAUGCUAAUGCUAACUGGACCUAAAACAAGAAAAGUUUGGUGAGACUAAACUUCAGACAAUGAUAAAUAAAAAAUGUGUUUGUUGAUCAAAGUAUCUGGUUUCAGCUUGGCUGCACUUUUCUGCUCCUGUGGGGUGAAAAUGAGAAGUUUCUCUCAGGUUGGGUUUUCCUACUACAAUGUGUUGCAUACAGUAGAUAUUCUCCCAUCUGGCCACUGGGAUUUGGAUUGUGGGACCGCCCUCUACUUUAUUGAAACUUUCAUAUAUUUUUAGCUCUUUGUUUAUAGGGUAACAAAGACUGUACAAAAAAAAAACACUCCUGAUGAUUUGGUGGGAUUCAGACUUUGUUACAUGUUUUGUAUUUGUUUACUUUGUUCUGAAAAUAAACUAACCACUACUUGUGGUGUUAAAUAUGG